AUGGCCUCACCUUCAUUCCCCGGCUAUCCGCAAGGAUAUGGCGGCAUGAUGCGCCCAUUUGGGAUGGAUCCGUCGGCCCAGAUGGACCCGCGAAUGAUGUACGCCGGACCGGGUGGACAUCAUGGAGCCCCGAUGAUGCACCCUGGCAUGAUGCAGCCCCAAAUGAUGAGCCAUCCGAUGGGUCACCCCGGCGCCUAUGACCCCAGCCAAUUCCCCCACGGCAUGCCGCCCGUCGCCACGAAUCGGCUUCCCGGCCAAGUUCGGCAAAUGCCGCCGAACGGCUACAUGAUGCCGCCGCAAGGAUUCCCGCCCGGCGCCUACCCGGCCGGCUACCCCCAGAUGGGCCACCAAGUGAUCCGCGCCGGGCCCCCGGUCCCCUACGGGCAAAUGGUGCAGGCCAACGGGCAGCAACAAGUCUCCCAGAUGCCCAACCCUGGCCAUCAGCUAGUCGACCUGGCCGCCCACUUCCCCGACAACUCCCAGAUCUGCAUGCUCAAGAGUACCGUCCUCCAAAUCUUCCAAUUGGAGCACGGCAAAGACGUCUCGCAGUUCCCGUUCAACCUCAGCGCCGAGGAUUACCAGCAGUUGUCGAUGCCCGACCAUGAGCUGCAGCUCAAAUGCUUCAACAAGGAGGACCAACAGAUGACAUCCCGGUGGCCCAUCGACCCGCAAAAUCAAUAUCAGCUCAAGGUCAAAGUCAACGACACCGAGGUCCCGCUAAUGCACCCACGCGCCGCCCUCCUCGUCAAGAACUACUCGAAACCCGGCCAAAAUACCCUUGAAAUCUCGGCAUCCGGAUGCGUUUGCGCGUACCGCUUCACGCUGAGCGUCGUCCAAAUCUACUCCUUCCAACAGCACUGGUCGAUGAUGUACAACCAAACACGACGCAUCACCACCGCCCAGCUCGCCAUGCAGCAUCUGCAUCAGAAGGCGAUGAACUGCGGUGUUCACCGGAUUCCGUUGGGCGACCUCCGGUGUAAGCAACGCUUCACCCUGCCGGUCCGUGGUCGUACCUGCCAACAUCCACAGGCGCUAGACCUGCGGAUGCUGUUCUGGGCGAAUCCGGAUGCCUCGUUCUUCAUUUGCCACUGGUGCAACCAAUCGUUCGCAACCCGGGAGCUCGAAGUCGACCUCUACCUCCUCGAACUCGUCCAGAACACGCCCGACCACGUGCGCGAGGUGAUCCACGGGCCCGACGGCCAUUGGCGCGCGGUGCAACAAGCCCCCGUCGCCCCAGCACCCACCAACAGUCGCAAACGCGGCGAGACCGGCGGCACCCGAGCCAGCCAGAUGAAGCGCUUCAAGACCGAGAGCUCGCUCGAGGCACCGUUGACGCAACAGUCGCCCCUCGGCAUGGCCCCAUCCUCCGUGCCUUGUCCGUCGUCCACCCAGCCGCAAUCGCUGCCCGGCAUGGGCCACUUCAUGACCCACCCGACGUCGGUGCCCGAGCAGAAGCCCGAUCUGAUGAGCCCCUACCAUCAGCACCAACACUCGAUCCCGGGCCCCGAGACGGCCAAGCAGCUUAUGUCGCCCUACCAGGCCAAUCAGAGCCCCUUCAAACCAAUGACCGGCCCCAGCCCGUCAACGCCGCACACCCCGGGCCACGCCACCACUUCAACAAGCCCGAACAUGGUGCCCAGCCAGAAUCACGGCAGCGUCGAAGCCCCCAGCUGCGCUGGCUCGGCUCCGUACACCCCGGCGUCGGUCGGCUCGGCGAAUGCGCAGCCGAACGGGCAGAAUGGCCACGGGCAACCGAUGCCUGGCAUGUCGACGGCACCGAAUGACGCCGGACAAUCGUCUACCGCACAACCGAACCCGAUAGAUGACAUCCCGGCGAGUCUGAUGGGCAUCGACAAGCAUCUGGAUGGGAUGAGGGACUUGAGCGAAAUGUCGGCCAAGGACUUUGAGCUCUACCUGCAAGACGUAGCCGACAUCAGCCUCUUGACGAAAAACCGAUCCCACGAGAUGUGCGUCCAAAUAGAAGACGUCAUGCAAAUCAUCUACCGUCAAGACACGCGGCCCGCCGUGCGAGCCUCCCUC